GUUGCUGAACGUAGCAGGAACUCGGCGUGGCGUCAACAGCCCGCCCUCUAAACUUUUUCUCUUUCUAAAAUCAUUUUUAUUUUUUUCUCUACUCUUCGCCGUUGUUGUUACGCUUGCUCAGAUCUGACUUCAUUCACCCGACGCUAGCUUCCGUUUCUUCUCCGGAGAUUGCAACUAUGGUCCCUCCUAUUGAAACAUUAGAGAAAGCUCCCAUAAAUAAUCAGACCUCACGGCCACCUCUUAAUGAAAGGAUUUUAUCUUCCAUGACCCGAAAAUCAGUUGCAGCCCAUCCUUGGCAUGACCUUGAGAUAGGGCCUGGAUGUCCAAAGGUUUUCAAUGCUGUCAUUGAGAUCAGCAAAGGGAGUAAAGUGAAAUAUGAACUGGAUAAGAAAACUGGACUUAUCAAGGUUGACCGAGUCCUUUACUCAUCAGUUGUCUACCCUCAUAACUAUGGUUUUAUCCCUCGUACUAUUUGCGAGGAUAGUGACCCUAUGGAUGUUUUGGUUAUCAUGCAGGAACCUAUCCUCCCGGGCUGCUUUCUCCGGGCAAAAGCAAUCGGUCUUAUGCCCAUGAUUGAUCAGGGUGAAAAAGAUGACAAGAUAAUUGCAGUCUGUGCUGAUGACCCAGAGUACCGACACUACACAGAUAUCAAGGAGCUUCCACCACAUCGUUUGGCUGAGAUCCGCCGUUUCUUUGAAGAUUAUAAGAAGAACGAGAACAAGGAAGUUGCUGUUAAUGACUUUCUCCCUGCAUCAGAUGCUUAUGAAGCUAUCCAGCAUUCUAUGAACCUCUAUGCGGAUUAUGUUGUGGAAGGCUUGAGGAGAUAGUGUGCACGUUUGGAAAUUGUUGGCUUGUUGGGCGGUGGAUGCUAUCUUCAAUACAAUAUAUACAAAAUAUAUAUAUAUACCACUAUGUUCUGCAUAUUUUUACUUUGUGCAUAUAACUUGCUGCGAAAUCAUCAAUUUAUGGAAAACCAUCCCUGUAUUUUGACGUAUGAUGACGACAAGAAGUGCCUCUUGGGACUGAAGUGAGAAUGGCUUUUUCAAAUGGUUCUCAAGAAACCAUUUGAACACUUCCAAGUUCAACUGCUCACUCCUCAGUGGCAACCUAUGACUCUGACUUCUAUUUUGUGGCCUACUGUUUAACGCAAUGCAUGAACACUUUGCUUGCUAUUUACUACCUUAUUGAAUAACUCAAUGCAUGAAUACAUAUUGCUAGUUUUAUUUUGAAUAAACAUGCUGUCUGCAAUUGCAUGGUCUAUAAGUCCAUGCUCGAUCUCUCUUAUUAAUUUAUGCAUGGUCUAAAGAUUGGGAUUUUCUUAUUUAAUUAAUUAAAUUUCAAUUUGA